CGCAGCCAGUAGUAGGACGGACAAUUGGAGUUACUACUACGACCUCUAUACACCUCAGCCUGCACCUCACGCCCGCGGCUCUACGUGAGGUUUACCGGAUGCGAGCGUCCCGAGAGAGUCAGGUGUAGCUCUCACUCCCUCUGCAAUGUCGUCGACAAAGUCCCUGCUCCGUUUGGCGAGCAAAAGGCCGCUCAAUGUAGCCUCUCAACCAGCAAGAUGCGCACAGCGCGCCGCUCUCUCGCAGUCUGCGAGACGGGCUGCCGAAAAGGACAAUCUUCAAGACUUGAGAAAACCAGGCUCUGACAUGCUGGAAGAACUGCGAAAGGCGCCUCGUCCACCAACGGGCAAGCUCUCAGCUCCCAUUGUAAACGACGCCGACAAAUACGCCGACAAGGCCCUUCCUCUCCAUCAGUAUGGACAGUAUCUCAUGUCCUGCCUUCCGAAAUACAUCCAGCAAUUCUCGGUCUGGAAAGACGAACUAUGCAUUUACAUCACGCCCAGCGGUGUCAUCCCCGUCUUCACCUUCCUGAAGUACCACACCGCGGCCGAAUAUACCAUGGUUGCGGACAUCACGGCGGUGGACUUCCCCACAAAAAACUACCGAUUUGAGGUUGUCUACAAUCUACUCAGUGUGCGCCAUAACUCGAGGAUAAGGGUCAAGACCUACGCUGACGAGGCCACACCCGUGCCGUCAAUUACUUCGCUCUACGACGGGGCCAACUGGUAUGAGCGAGAGGUCUAUGAUCUUUUUGGGGUCUUCUUCACCGGCCACCCGGACCUGCGUCGCAUUAUGACGGAUUAUGGAUUUGACGGACACCCGCUGCGGAAGGAUUUCCCCUUGACCGGCUACACGGAGAUCCGGUAUGACGAAGAGAAGAAGCGCAUUGUUGUGGAGCCUUUGGAGAUGACGCAGGCUUUCCGGAACUUUGAGGGCGGUACCAGUGCUUGGGAGCAGGUGGGUACUGGUGUAGACAGGAAGCCGGCCGAGUUCAAGUUGCCCACCCCGAAACCAGAGGAGAAGAAGGAAGAGAAGAAGUGAGCUGAGAAGAGCGUUGAUUUGUCGCUGCAGUAUAAGAAGCCCAUUCAAAACCUUCAAUAAAUGUUUCAAAAGAUCAUUAGUCGAUGCACACUGCCUGCUGCAUUGUACAUCCAGAUGAAGAGACCAAUUGGCUGCUUGAGUCUCCCUGAUCUACCACCGAUGUCCGCAGCCCCAAGCAGGCGCUAAUCAGGCAGUUAGUAUUGUACAAGUCGACGAGAAAGGUCUGUUUCUCUCCGGUUCUAAAAGUAGUCCACUUUAGACUGCAUCUGACUACAUUCUGUUCUG